AUCUGAUUCACUGAGCUUGUUCAACAUGUUUCAGAUCAUAAAACACAAAUUGGAGACCAACAGACAAGUCACAGAGCAUCAUGAGCCUCAGCAGAUGCCUACUGGAACCCACGGAGGUUAGAGAAUUUAUAAAGCAGUGUAUGCUGGCAGUUGGCACUAAAGCCAGUCAUGCCAGCAGUCUAGCAGAUGUGCUGGUGGAAGGAGACUUGCGGGGCCAUUACAGCCAUGGACUCAACCGCAUGGAUUUAUAUGUAAAGGAGACUAAGGCAGGAAUCUGUGCGAAGGAGGGUGAGCCGGUGGUGGAAAAGGAGUCAGUGGCUACAGCACUUGUGAACGGGAACAACCUCCUGGGUCCAGUUGUGGGAAACUUCUGCAUGAGUUUAGCUCUGAAGAAAGCACAAGAUGUGGGCAUCGGCUGGGUCGUGGCUUACAACUCCAACCAUUUUGGCAUUGCUGGCUAUUAUUCCAUGCAAGCACUGAAACAGAACAUGAUUGGCAUGUGCUACACUAAUACUUCUCCUCUAGUGGUUCCUACACGAGGUAAAGAGUGCACAUUAGGGACAAACCCUAUUAGUGUAGUAGCUCCUGCUAAGGAUGGAGACAGCUUUGAGCUGGACAUGGCAACCUCAGCUGUUGCUCUCGGAAAGGUGGAGCUUCAUGCACGUAAUGGCCAGUCUAUCCCAGAAGGUUGGGGUUGUGAUGCCAAUGGUGUUCCCAGUUCGGACCCUAAGGCAGUGCUAUCCGGAGGAGGCCUGGUACCUGUGGGUGGCAGUGAGACAUCAGGAGGUUACAAGGGUUAUGGACUCGCACUAAUGGUGGAGGUGUUCUGUGGGAUUCUCGCUGGCUCAAACUACAGCAGACAUAUACGCACAUGGAGAAUAACUGACAGAGAAGCAAACCUGGGUCAGUGCUUUGUGGCAUUAAAUCCAGAAUUCUUUGCUGAUGGAUUCAAUGACAGAAUGUCUGAUUUGCUGUCUCUACACAGGAACCUUGAGCCAGCGAAUCCACAGAAGCCAGUACUGGUCCCAGGAGACCCGGAGAAGAAACAUAACCAGACCUGCCGGGAGCUGGAAGGCAUCCCUUACUCGCUAAGUGUAGUCAAGCACAUGAAUGACGUUGCCAGUACUCUUGGAGUGUCUCCUCUGCUGCCGACACAUAGACUCAUCCAGUAAAAUGGCAGCCUACAGCUCAGGUGGUGCAAGCGUGGAUUUCUAAAAUGAAACAUAACUAUAAAUUACUAUAAAUGAGUAUUUAAUGUAGGUGCUUCUCUUCCUGCCUGCCUCUGAAUGCAGAUUGAAUUUCAGCUAAAUGCAAAAACCACUGCUGUUAUACUUCCUAUAAACUUAUACAGCUAUAUUAACUGUUAAAAAUGCUCAACAAAUAAAAUUGAAUUGAAUUGA